ACCCCUGUGACCCACACCGCUGCCGACCUCCAUCACCACAAGAUGCCACCCACGCCACCGCCUGAGCUUGACACAGAACCGGAGUUCGCCGAGGUCGACCCCACCACCCGCUACGGACGGUACACGGAGGUCCUCGGUAGGGGUGCCUUCAAGACGGUCUACAAGGCUUUUGAUCAACUGGAAGGUCUGGAAGUUGCUUGGAACCAGAUCAAAGUGGGUGAUAUACUUCGGAAUAAUGAUGAUUUGGAGAGACUUAGAUCAGAAGUCCGGUUGCUGAAGACCCUCAAGCAUAAUAAUAUAAUCAAGUUUUACAAUUCAUGGCUUGACAAGAAAAACAAUAACAUAAACUUCAUCACAGAAGUCUUCACAUCAGGGACACUGCGCCAGUACCGUAUUAAGCACAAGAAGGUAGAUGUUAGAGCAUUAAAGAAAUGGUCAAGGCAAAUCUUGAAUGGCCUUGUCUACCUCCACAGCCAUGAUCCACCAGUAAUCCACAGAGACCUGAAAUGUGACAACAUAUUUGUGAAUGGAAACCAGGGUGAAGUGAAGAUUGGAGACCUUGGAUUAGCAACCAUCCUAGAUAAUGCACGCUCGGCUCACAGUAUCAUUGGCACACCAGAAUUUAUGGCUCCUGAACUCUAUGAUGAAGAGUACAAUGAGCUUGUAGACAUCUAUGCAUUUGGGAUGUGUUUACUGGAGCUUGUUACAUUUGAGUACCCAUAUUGUGAAUGUUCCAAUGCAGCGCAGAUUUACAAGAAAGUAUCUGAUGGCGAAAAGCCUAAUUCUCUGGCUAAGAUUGAAGACCCUGAGGUUAGAUUUUUUAUUGAGAAGUGCAUCACCGAAGUUUCCCAUAGACUUUCUGCACAAGAGCUAUUGAUGGAUCCAUUUCUCCGAGACGUUGAUGGCGAAAAAAUAUUCUAUCCAUUCCAAUCAAAUAUGAAGAGAUCAGGUAGCUUUGCAGAAGAACACCCAAGUGAUAGCUACAUACAUAGCACCAGGGAUCCACAUGCAGAUGCUGGUCGAAUAAUUACAGUCGAGAGCCAACGGAAGGACCUGAAUACGAUAUUUUUGAAACUGAGAAUUGCUGAUUCAACAGGUCAUGCUCAAAACAUCCAUUUCCCAUUUGACAUUGAAGCAGACACUUCGAUUAGUGUUGCAACUGAGAUGGUGGUGCAGCUAGAUCUCACAGACCAAGAUGUGACAGCGAUUGCAGAAAUGAUAGAUGCUGAAAUACGAGCUCAUAUUCCUGAUUGGACAGUAGAAGAAUCGGUUGAAAACCAAGGGGACGAAGGAGCUCACUCUGAGACCAACAGCUCAGAAGCAGAUGAUGAGACUUCUGAGCUGCGUAUUGACCCUAAUGCUACACAUAAUGGCUUUGUCCAAGAACAUCUUCCCUCUGGACAUAAAUAUUGGUCAGACUCGCCCAGAAGACACAGUGAAAUGUCUCACUUAGCAAAUGAGAUAUUUAAGAGGAAUGCCACUGAUGAUAUAGCCAGCAAUAAUCUUGGCACUUCCAACCACACUGUGGAAGAUAUGUGUGAGCGAGUUUCACAUUCAGCAGACUUGUCGAACUCAUCUAUGAUCGACAGGAAAUCUGGAGAGGCUUCUGUCAGCAGCACUAGCCAUCGGUCAUUUGAUGGGGAUGAGCAUGUUGAAGCAGAUGUCACCGAGAGGUUAGCAAAUUUGCUAGCUCAGCAGCAAGAGGAGCUCAACGUGCUGCGAAGGAAGCACAAGGCUGACAUAGAGCUCAUCUUGAAAGGCGUGCCUGAAGAGCAUCGUGAGGAAACCUUAACUAGAUGCCGGCUAAAGGCAGAUGAGAGAAACAGAUCAGAGAAACCUUAGCUCCAGUGUGUUUUCUUACCCGUGUUUAGAACUGUACGUUGUUGUGCAAAAAGGUGGUCUCAGCCAUCCAGUGUUCUUUUUGUUUCAUGGAAUGGAGGAGCUACAAACGCUUGUGGAAUCUGUGACCAAGCGCUGCAAUACAUAUAUGAUGCUAAUGUAGCUGUCUGGAGUUUUUUCCCCUUCCUUGAAGCCAAGAGAAAAGCUAGGUUUCUGCACUGUAUUCCUGAAUUAUGCUACUGUAUUCCUGAAUUGUUCAUGAGAAGUGCACCUCCUUGUUCUCUCCUCUCUUUUUUUUGUGAUUAGAAUAAUUGUUAAUGAUUUCUAACGAAGAAUUAGUGUUAAUGAUGUACAUCAGUGUUUGAGCUGUUACAGACUUGCAACGAAAAACAUAAGUUUCAAUUAUUUCCAUUAUG